AUGGCCCCGUCAUCGAGCCAGAAGGGAACAGGGAAGAAGGCGGGCGCCAGCGCUAUUCGCCAGCAGCAGCAACAGCAGCAGCAGCGGAGUCGCAACACCACCCCCGGCCCGGCAACCCCGAUCGCCAGUCUACCUCCAUUCGAGACCGUCGAGACCGAGACCAUUGACCUGCGUUUUGAUGUUUUCCGAAACCUGACCUUUGAGGACAUGGUGGACCCCACCGCGGCUGCCGCGCUGAUCCCCGACUCGAAAAACCUCGACGGCAUCCUGACACGACUGCAACGAUUAUCCGAUGUGAUUGAGAAAAGGGGCAUACACUGCGACCGCGGAAUGAGGCUCCUCGCCCAAAACCGGAGGCAGCGGAUGGACGAGUUGGCCCUGCAGCGGGGCAGGGAAGAAGAGCGACGGCAGCGCGAAGCCGAGGACGAAGAACGUGAAAGAAAAUCGAACAAGAAGAAGCGAAAAGGCGCAGACACACUCGCGCCGCAAGGCGGAAACCUAGAGCGCUCGUCUCCCCUUGGCGAGUCUACCGGAAAAGUUAGGAGGCUCUCUCGCGACCACGAUUCGGCGAGCUCAUCACUUUCACCCGUCGCGCCGCGGACGCCAAGCAACAUGGACGUGGACGAUAAGGCGAAGGUCGAAGCGAACGACGAUGACUCGAGUUCUGAUGAUGGCCGUCCGCCUCCUCCGGCCCGGCCACAAGCCAACACAUUCGGCGACGACCCCUCCACGUUCCCUGAUCCGACCGUCUACGAAAUUUUGCCUGUACAACCUGGCAUGACUGAAGAUGAAAUCAAACAAAUCUACUCUGUCGCGAGCUACCCUAAAAGCGACCUGCGGGACCUCAUCGCCGGCGACCCUCCAGACAAGGACUUCAGUAAUGCUAAACCGACCAACCAGAUCAGCUUCUCCACCUUCAGCGCAUCCAUCGAACCUUACUUCCGACCGUUCACCGAGGAAGACCUGGCCUUUCUCCGCGAGCGCGGCGACCGUGUGACCCCCUUUGUGAUGCCAAAACGGGGCAAGAAGCACUACACCGAGAUAUGGGCCGAGGAGGACGGUGUCAUGGCUGUCGAUUCGUCGCCUCCGGGCGGGCGCGACAGGCUCCCGCCCAACCAGGCGCGCGGCACGAUUGAGAACAUGAAUGACGAAGUUGCGGAGACGGACAAACUCUCGGUUGGGCCCCUCCUCUCGAGACUGCUGCAAGCCAUGCGCCCUGAGCACCGCGCACCGCCGGCAGAGGACAAACCGGGUGGUAUCAACGGUGUCAACGGAGAGGGCGAUGGCACAAACGGCACCGCGUCCUUCGACUUCAGCUCCGGCGACAACCCGCCCCACAGCCAAGCCAACGGCGUCAACGGCAUCAACGGCUCCGGGGCCUCAUUCUCUCAGCAACCUGACCCUCCACAACCACAGGGGCAGUCCCAGACACUCCCCCCCGCUACCUACAUGCCCGAGUCCAACACAGAAGCUUGGAAGAAGGCCAUUCACCCCAAGCUAGACUACGUCCAAGUCGACGAGCGCCUUAAACAAGAACUGCGCCACAUAGGCUUUCUCCCGCUGCCCCCUCACCAAGACCCCUCUGCGUCCUCCACCACCGCCAACCCCUCCUCCGGCCCACCGCAACCCGACUCGACAGCCACCACGGCCGAAUACGACGGCCACUACGACGACGAGGUCGCCGCGCGCCUGCGCCUGCUCCAGUCGCGCCUUCGCGAGCAGGUGCUCAUCAACGGCGCCCGCAAAGCGCGGCUGACCGAGCUCGUCAAAGAGCGCAUGGCCUUCCAGGAGUACCAGACCAUCCUGGAGGACCUCGACGGGCAGGUGCAGGCCGCCUACCUCAAGCGGACGCGGACGAUGGGCAAGAAGCCCAAGAAGGCGCGUCCGGGCCAGUCCGCCGCGGCGGCGGCGGCGGGUGGGGCCGGUGCCAGUGGGGUUGCGGCGGGCAUGGCUAGGCCCGGGAUAGGAGACCUGACUCGGACGUUGAUGGAGAGGCGGAAGCGAUGGAUAGAAAGCAUCGGGACCCCGGCCGAGAUGGCCGAAUUGAUAAAGAAGGAGAGGGAAGCGUGGGACGAGGAGGUCGAGGAGGAGUAG